AUGUCAGAUUGGAACACUUUUGGAUGGACUGCCAAUGGCAUGUAUCCCGAACCCAACGCCGCUGAACUCUUGCCAGCGAGAAAUAUUGCCAUCCCUGAUAUAUGGAUUGAUGAUGGAGAAAAGCCUCACGCUGGUAUAGAGCGUCACAAUGCUACAAUGGUGGCAUGCGCCUUUAGAAGUGACCGGGAAUUUCCCACUCUGACCGAUAUGCUGAUGAUGAUUGACCAAUCUGGCGUUGUUGUCGACCAACCCGAGACCGACAUUGAUCCAGAUUUGCCCGAGCUGUCUGCGGAUAUGGAACAAGCGAUGGUAGACGAAGACGAAGCCAAAGAGAAGCUGCGAACACAAGAGAUGAUCACCCCCUCGAAUAAAAGUACGAAAGAAGAGAAAGAAGGCGAUUCCGCUCGCAAGACCAAGAAGCGUGAAUUGUUCUUCAAGUUUCUAGAUAGGGAGCUAGCAGACAAGUCAAUACGGGAAGAUUUCUCCUUGUUUUACCGUAGUUACCACGAUUCGAUUGCCCGAAAUCUGGUGCUACAUGCGAAAAUCGGACGUAAAAGACUUUACCAGAUCAACUCUGAUGGCUUCCUCGUCAAGUUUUGGGAUUGGAACAGUCAGCUUGAGAAUUACAUGUGGGAGACACGGGUCUCAGAAGAAGGUCUCGAAUACGAGAAUUUCAUGGUUCCUCUUUUCGCUGCCUACAGGCGUAACGAGCACUGGGAAGGUAUAAUGAAAGUUGUUUCCAAUGCCGACAAUUGCGCAAAGUAUCGACAACUGCUAUGCCCUGACUUCAAGGAUGCCUCCAGCUCCUCUCUAGCUGGCGUAUAUUUCCUUCAUCCCCCUUGGAACCUCAAAGCUGUGUCUUCGGAAGCGGUUGAAGAUGAUGACCUCCUCACCGUCUACGAGUCUCAUCCCAUGGAAGCUUCUGGGUACCUGGGUUAUACUCAGCUGUUCAGACAACGAUACGCUGGUCACAAAAAAGAGCCGGUCAACUCUAGGAUGGAACAGCGAUACCGAACGAUACCCUUCCGGAGAUGGAGAAUGCACAUUGUAGCCGAAUUCGACAAGGAAUCGCUGAUAUCGGGAGAAGCUAUUCAUUUCGUUGAGCACUUUCUGCUCUCGGCAUUCCAUUUCACCGACGAGGAUCAAGGAGGGUGCAACUACAAUGUGGUAGACCGUUUCGGAUACACUAUGGUUAUCUUGCCUCUCGAUGUGGAACGGCUUCUGCGUACUUUCGAUAGGAUCCUAGAGCAAGAUCCCACUCAGCUUCUUCCGGACUCUUACGAUGUACAUGCUUGGCAUCAGAUCACCGAUCCCAUUCUUCUGCCUGAUACGAAAGCUUCCAUGUCAACAGUCGCCAAAAUCGUAAUCGAAACCACUCGAGAGCAUAUACAUAAAGACGUCAAUCCUGUACACCUGGAUGAUUACGUAGAUCGUAUGGGCAAUCCCGACAGAAAUGCCGAAUUUCUCCAGACAUUCCCCGAUCACGUUUGGAUCCGACCAAGAUCUGCCAAUCGCGUGGCUCGACUGGCUAUACCUCCGCUUUCUCGACAUGAUCCCCGUAAUCCUGUACUGGCGUUGGAUCAGUUAACAAGAAAGGUUAUGGAAGCUAUUCGAUGGGUAGAUGAGAAUCCUAGACAACCAAAACCGAAGACCAAGAAGAAAAGGCAUUCACACCCGGUUCAGGAGGAUGACGAUGAUUCAGAUUCUUAA